GUCUGAAGACUCUCAGGAACAGCAAACUCAUAAUUCUAGAUAGAGAUAAAUUCUGAUAGAAACCGAGCAUCCUCUCCUCUCUUUGGUGACACGGGAACAUACAAUUAUGAAUCCAAAAGAUCCAUUGGAAGAGACAGAAGGAAGCUCCGUUUCAUUAUGCUUGGUCUGUGGCCAGAUGCAUUUUCCAGAAGAGAACCAUAUAUACACCUACACGGAAGAUGUGGAUGAUGACCUAAUCUGCCACAUUUGCUUGCAGCCUUUGCUUCAGCCUCUGGAUACACCCUGUGGACAUACGUACUGUACAGUUUGCCUUACAGAUUUCCUAGUGGAAAAAGACUUCUGCCCUAUGGACCGCAAAACUCUCGCUCUACAGAUGUGCAGAAAGUCAAGCAUCCUAGUAAAUAAACUCCUGGAUAAGCUAAUGGUUAGCUGCCCUUUCACAGAACACUGUUCAGAAAUUCUGCAACGCUGUAAUCUUGAACAUCAUUUUCAAAAUGGGUGCAAAGGGGCAUCUCAUUAUGGCUUUACCAAAGAGAGAAAGAGAUGUCCACCAGCUGGUUCUCCUGAUUCAAAUGCUACUUUAACAGUAUCUGCUGUUGGAUCUGAGUUCUCCGCUGCUGCCACAAUUGCCUUAAUGACCGAUGAACCGGGGCUAAUUAAUCCUGCCUUCAACGCCACAUUUGAGGACAGCCCACCAGGAACCAAUUCCACCAACCUUUACCGAAACCACCAAUCUAGAGCCACAGUUUCACAUUUUGAGCGUUCUACUGUACGAAAUAGGUCUUUUAAAAAGAUAAACAGAGCUCUCAAUGUUCUUCGAAGGACAAAAAGUGGCAGUGCUGUUGCUAACCAUGUUGAACGGGAACGAGAAAAUGUUGAAAAUCUGAUAGCUUCAGAGGCAGCCUUUCCAAGGUUGCAUCACCUCAUUCCAGAUGGAGAAAUUACCAGCAUUAAGAUCAACCGCAGCAAUCCCCACGAAGCCCUUGCCAUUAGAGUAGUUGGAGGCAGUGAAACACCGUUGGUUCACAUAAUCAUCCAGCACAUCUAUCGAGAUGGGAUCGUUUUCAGGGAUGGAAGGUUAUUGCCGGGAGAUAUGAUUCUGAAGGUCAAUGGCAUAGAUAUCAGAAAUGUGCCUCACAACUAUGCCUUGUUCGUCCUGAGACAGCCUUGCCAAGUUCUCCGUCUCACUGUGCUCAGAGAGCAAAGGCACCGGUGCAGAAAUUCUGGACUUUUUCUUGAUGUUCCCUGCCACAGGGAUGAGAACUUGCACAUUAUUCUGAACAAAAGCAGCCCAGAGCAACAGCUGGGCAUCAAGUUGAUCCGUAAGGCCAAUGAAGAUGGAGUCUUUGUGUUCAACCUGCUGGAAGGAGGCAUUGCUGCCCGUGAUGGGGAACUUCAAGAGAAUGAUAAGGUUUUAGCAAUUAACGGGCAUGACCUACAGUACGGAAGUCCAGAAGGUGCUGCCCAGUUGAUACAGGCUAGCAAGAAGCAAGUUCACUUCAGCAUUUCCAGGCAAACCAGGCGACAGACCCCAGAUAUCUUGCAGGAAACUGGCUGGGAUUGCCACAGUAGCCAUCUGCCCUUCCUUGCUCAGAGGAACAAUCCUAACAAGAGUGCCCUCCAUGCAGUUACCUGUCAUGAAAAAGUAGUGAUUGUCCGAAAAGAUAAUGCAGAGUCCCUGGGAAUGACUGUGGCAGGAGGUCCAUCCUCCCACAGGGAAUGGGAUUUACCUAUCUAUGUUUUAAGUGUUGAACCAGGUGGAGUCAUCAGCAGAGAUGGCAGAAUAAAAACAGGAGAUAUUCUUCUCAGCGUGAAUGGAAUUGAUCUGACAGGGGUGAGCCGUGGAGAGGUGGUAGCCCAUUUGAAAAAUGUCUCCUCUUCGGUUGUAUUCAAAGCACUAGAACUGAAAGCAUGUGGGACCACGGAAGGAGUAAGUGGGGACCUGUUGCGUGAUGCCAACUUGAACCCAUCCAGUCAGAAUGAGUGGUCUCCUUCCUGGGUGAUGUGGCUUGAAUUACCAAGGUCUUUGUACAGUUGCAAAGAAAUUGUAUUGCGAAGGAACACAGCAGGAAGUCUUGGCUUCAGUAUAGUGGGAGGUUAUGAAGAAAACAGUGGAAACAAGCCAUUCUUUAUCAAAUCCAUUGUUGAAGGGACACCGGCAUAUAAUGAUGGAAGAAUCAGGUGUGGCGACAUCCUCCUCGCAGUGAAUGGCAGGAAUAUCUCAGGAAUGGUACAUGCCUGUCUGGCAAGGAUGCUAAAAGAACGGAAGGGGAAACUUACUCUCACCAUAGUAUCUUGGCCUGGCACGUUUUUAUAAAGAUGCGUUUCAACUGGAAACAAAUGAAUCAUCUACCCAGACACUUCCUAUGUACUUGUCCGCCCCUCCCCACCAAAAAGUAGAGAAAUAUAAAUGUGCAUUACAUAAGCAGAAUAGUCAUAAAAAUGCUCCAUGGUAUGUGUUUGAGAAAAACAUGCUCUUAAACUAUGGAAAGCUACCAAGGUAAAUUAAGGUACACAACUUACUGCAUUACGUUUCAUGUUUGUAUUUUUAUAUCUAUGUUUCACCUGCUCUUUGUAUUAAGGAAAAAACUUUACCUAAUUUGAAAAUGAUUUCAGAAACCUUGACGUGAUAUAAUACUUUUCUAAUGAUUAUGCCCACAGCAUCUAUGCAAGACAUGGGAGGCUGCCUGAUGAAUCUAUUAAAUUCCUUUUUGUGCUCAGUAAAAGACAGUUUUUCAAAACAUUUUUCUUCCUAUUAUAAUUGUGCAUUUUCUUUCUACUAUUAAAUUAAUUGUCAUUUGUAAAGCCCGAUUAAUUUAAUUAAAAAAGGACAAAAAUACUCA